AUGACAUCCUCUACAGUCAGGCCAAUUAACGUAUUGCUGGUCACUAAAACCCGGGGUUACCGCCACGAUUGCAUACCCAGCCUCAUCUCCGCCUUUAGCUCGCUUCCCUUCACGGUCAAGCCCACUGAAGAUACGACUGAUAUCCUCUCUCUUUCGAAUUUCGACGUUGUUGCGCUUGGCCAUAAUACGGAUAAGUUCUUGACAGAAGAAGAGGCUGACUCUUUGUUGUCUUUUGUUGAGAAUGGCGGUGGCAUAGUGGGCAUUCAUGCUGCUACCAGUGGUAUGCGGGCAAACUCCAAGUACACCAGAAUUCUUGGGGAGGUUUUCAACGGCCAUCCGCCUCCACAGUGGAUAACUCUUGUGGUAGAGAAUCCUGAACACUAUAUUAACGACCAUGAGCCUCUCCCUACAACCAAUUCUGCACCGUCCUCUGCUCUACCCAUUUCAAUCAAUACAGAAUCUAUUCCAGCGAAGCAUUUUCCGUGGUUCGAUGAGGUUUACACAUUUAAAUCCCACCCUUGCGCCGCUACAGAUCGCACAAUCUUGUUGUCAGUCAAGGGAGACAACCGUGGAGAUGGAUCAGAUGGUUUUCCUCUAUCUUGGUUACAAACCGUUGGGAAAGGAAGGGUAUAUUAUACAGCUCUCGGUCAUUUCGAUGAAGCCUACCAGGAUCCGUGGUUUAUGGAAAACAUACGUCGAGCUGUAGUGUGGACUGCCAAGAAAGAAGGAUAA